AUGUCGACGAUACCAAAAUUGUUCAAUUACGUCGACGACGCCGCUUUGGAGUGUACAGGCGCGAUGAAAUUCUCUGCUCAAGCGCAGAGAUUUCGGGAGAGGAGGUACAUCACUACCGGCGGCCAGUAUCUGGUCAGCAAACAUUUAACCAUCGUCGAUAUCAACAUUGAGGACAUCAUUAACCAACCGAAGGCAAGUGGAAUCGACUUCGGCUGCUCAAUCUGGGCCUGGAGGAGGGCCGACACUGAGCCGACG